AUGCUCAGCUGUCAACGCAUUCGUUUAGCAACAGUUGUACGAUUGGCAAGAAUAAUAAUAAUGAAUAUUCAAUCAAGUCUAUGGUUUGUUCUGUCGUUCCUGCUAUGUUCAGGCUCGCCUCCUGUACAUUGCGACAUUUCAAGUGCGAGCCACUACUCCCAAAAGGUGUCAAAUUCUGUUCUGGAUUUAUACAUUGACAUCGACAGCAUCAGCAGCAGCACCAACAGACACAGUGAAACAACAAUGACAGUGACUCCUGACAGUAGCAAAGUUGAUUUCGAGAGAGCGCCCAUUGUGCCCACACACAUAUAUCCUUAUUUGUUGCUGGCGCUGUGGGUAACAUGCAUAACCUGCGUCGUCUGUUGCUGCUUAUACUGCAAGUGCCAGCAGGCGGAGAGUAUGACAGCGUACAACUCAAAUGGCUUUGAGCUUCGGGAAGUGCAUGUCCAGAAUCAUCCUUUGCCGCACGUCCAGGGAUGCGUUUGCCUGGGCUGCUUGCAGCGGCAGAUAGCCAAGGAGAUGCAGCUAAAACGCGAAUACUAAACACAAUUUUCGAGACGUUAAGUAACAAACAUAUAAGUUUAUAUUCAAGAUUUGGCCAAAGCUAUAUAUAUAUAUGUAUAUAAUACAUAUAUAAAAAAAAGCUUACUUCUAUUUAAACAUAA